AUGUACAUCAUUACGCUUGACGGGAAAAGGGCCUUGAAUCCAGGAGUCGAUACAGCCAAGCGAGUUUUAGAUAUGGGUACCGGAACAGGGAUUUGGGCAUUGGAAUUUGCUGAGGAACACCCGGGUGCCGAAGUGAUCGGCGUUGAUCUGAGCCCCAUCCAACCUCCAUUCGUACCGCCAAACUGCAGUUUCGAGAUCGACGACCUUGAGAAAGAGUGGACAUGGACGACACCAUUUGACUUUAUCUUCUCUCGCAUGAUGACAGGAAGCUUCUCCGACCCAGAAACAAUAGCGAAAAAAGCAUUCGAUGGUCUUAGCCCCGGCGGUUGGUAUGAGAUCCAAGAUAUCCAACUCCCCGUCUUCUGCGACGAUGGGACUCUCGACCCAGAAACGUCUCCACUAAUUAAGUGGCAAGAAUGCCUCAUCGAAGGCUCUCGUAAACUCGGUCGGCCACUUGGUGAGUCUGACAAGUACAAAGCCAUCGUCGAAGAGGUCGGCUUUCAAAAUGUUGUUGAGACUAUCUACAUAUGGCCUACCAACAGCUGGCCCCAAGACCCAAAACUCAAGGAACUUGGGAAAUGGAACCUCAUCAACUUUGAGUCAGGACUUGAGGGCGUAAGUCUGGCUCUGUUCACUAGGGUACUCGGUUGGUCAAAGGAUCAAGUGCUAUCUCUUUGCGCGGAUGUGAGGAAUGAAUUGAGGAAUCCGAAGGUGCAUGGAUACUGGAAGAUAUACGUGGUCUAUGGCCAGAAGCCGGAGAAGGAGGCAGCUUGGUAG